AUGGCUCCUGGCGAAAAUCUUCCAGACUUUCUCACCAACACUAAACUCGAUGCCUCUUUUGACAAAGACAUCCGAGACACUCACCUGAUCUAUGAUUACGAUGCCCAGGACAGUGAAGGCAAUCCCGAGAAAUGGCGAUAUGAAUUAUGGUGUUUCUCCGAUGAUCGCGUCGUCUAUGCGAUUCACGGCGGUCCCAUGGCGGGCCGCAUCAACUACCAACGAGCAACAUACCAAUGUAUACGUCCCGGCGAACUAUGGCAAAUCAAUUGGCUCGAAGAGACGGGAUCAAUUGUGUCCGCAGUUUACGAUAUCCCAAACAAGAAGAUGACGACCCUGAUCGCGUUCUCUGAGGGGCACUGGAAGAGGGCGAAAGAAGCGCUGGGCGAUAAGAGGAAGAAAGAGGAUUUGGGGCGAUGGAGGAAGCUGGCGGAAGUGGGCACGCAGACCAGUCGGUUCAUGCUGUCCGAGCAGGCCCACGUUAUCGAGGUCUUCAAAGGGAAGGGAAGUCUGGUCCCCAUUGAUGAGAGCGACCCGACGUUUUGA